UUUAAAUUCUAAUGAUGAUGACGACAAACAUGAAUUUUUUAAAGAAAACAAAAUUAAAACUGGUUUUUCUUCUUUAAUAAGCAAAAAAAUGGGUAUCCAGGAAGAAAACUUAGAAUAUUUAAGUAAGACUGAAAUCAAUGGCUAUAAAUUUCAAACUGGUUAUUACGUAUCCAAACUCUUAAAUGAUUAUAAAAUUUUCGUCAUAGUAGCUUUAGUCCAACAUCUAAAAAAAAUUGUUCUUUUUUGUCAGGAAGUAAGUGAAGUACUCUAUGAUCCCCAUUUUACUGCAUAUGAUAUAAAUCCUUCUAUAUUAGGAAAAUAUUCUAUUAUUGAUCCCGAUGAAAUUGUUGGGCCGCCAAUAACAGCUAUAAAAACAGCUAAAGGUAGAAUUAUGAUUCGAAUAAAAGAUUACACUUUACAAGAGAUAGACAAAUAUAAAGCAACUGACGAGUUUGAUACUGAAAUUAAAUCCAGAUGCAGUUGAAUCUUUUUAGAACAACAAUUCUAUUGUGCAUACAAGCCAAUCAUUUUCAAAAGGUUCGGAAGCACUCUACAUGAAUAUCAAACUGUUUCAGAAUGGAUACAAACAAUUAUAUAUCAUUGGAACAACCCUCAACUUCUGCGGAGGCCGGGGAAGAACAAAUAAUUUAUACAAUUGUUCAUGAAACAGCAACUAUGUCAGAUGAGUCGCAGUCCCAGUUGGAAAUAAAAGAACUUCUGGGCAGUUGGAAUCUUGGACACCUGUCAGAUUUGUUUAUCUCUGAGCGCAUAACAGUUGAAGUGCUUAAAAUUUUAAAGGAAAAACAUUUUCCUAUGCUUUUCAAAAACAGUUCAGUUGGAGAUCUGGCAAUGUUUGAACACAAGUUAAUGGAGUGGAGAUCCUCUCUAGGUAUCGGAGAGCAGCAAAUUGAUAUGUUUACCUUGCGGGAAAAUUCAUGCAGCUCAUCAUUUUCAUCUUCGCCAACGUCGUCAAUAAGAGAAGAUCCAUCUGCGCCUGCUAUAUCUCUUUCUUUAAUUUUAAAAAACUCACCAAAGGCGAGAGACAUAGAAAAAUUCUAUGAACAAAACUUCAAGCUUCAGGAUAUACAUCGACAGGCGUUGAUCACAUUAAUAUGUGAAUAUUUUAUCGACAACCAUCUUCAUUUGAAUUUAUACACUAGCUACAUGCUAGAGGAACAAAUAUUGCAAAGAUUCAAAGGGGAAAAGCUUGAGUUUUACCGCACUGGUAAAAGAGGUAAAAUAUAUGCCAAGUUUUGCAAUUCGAAGACCUCCUCUAGAUUGGCUGUUAAAAGAUCUAUCUUUCCUAAAGCUGAAAAUGCUGAAGUAACUGAGAAAUCAAAGAAAAAACAUUUGAUGGAAUUCACUCCGGAAGUUGAUGCAGAAGAGUGUAUUAGGAGCAUCAAAUAUGAUAACUUGUCAACUUCAGAGUUCGACAGCUGUUGGCAAGCUUGUAGCCAAUUUAGACUGGAUCAAAUAUAUAAAGAGACAACUUUACACACCAUUUUUGAGGAAUGGCCGGAUUACAAGAAGCCAGGAGGUUAUCGUUUGAUUGACAAGGAUUUUGGGGUUGUUUUUCGAAAUUCCCCAGGAGUUCUUUUGAAGUAUCCAGAGCAGGCUGGCAAUCUGAGAAAGUUUUUACUAGAUGAAGAUCACCUGCGAGACAAAAAUUUACGAAAUAUGGUGAACCAAAUUGACGAAAAUGAUAUUAAAACUGAUAGUGCAGCAGUAAAAUUAUUUUGGUGUCUCCACGGCUAUUUGAUACCAACACAAAAGGGCAGCCGGAAAGAUAACUCUGGAAAAAGUAGUACUGUAAGGUUUACUAUUAAAAGCUCUCAAGAGGCUUUCCUUUUUAUUGGGUCCAGCGUACAAGAACUCGAUGACCAUAUAGCAUUUUUGAAAAGCAAGUCAGAAAAUAUACAACCAUUUAUACUUGCCGUUGGGGAUAAGGAUUUUGAAAACUUUUCGAACUACUACGUUUACCUUGAUGGUAUUAAGUUCGUGUUUUCAAAUUUUUUGAGAGCAAUUGAUAUAUGUUUCAAGUGCUUCAACUUGUUUAAUUUGGAGUAUCCGUUAGCGUGCUCACAAUUAUGGACAUUUAUUGAGCACUACUUCUACGAGCUCAACAUUUCUAAAACAAAAUCCCCUAAAAUGUAUUUACUCAUCGAAGCGUUAAGAAAAAGCGCUCUGACUCAAGAUGAUGAAGUUGCAGAUUCAGAAGCCGGCCUCGGAUAUAUUUAAUUAAGUUUUAUAUACAUAUGUACACAUAUUAAUUUUUGUUAAUUGUUUAAUUAGAAUCAAUUAUAAAUUAUUUUAUUUAAAAUGUUAAAUUUUAAGUGUUAAAUACUUUCUUUCUAUUAUAAAUUAUUUUAAUAUAAAAUAUAUUAUGGGCUUGUAUAAG